AUGGAUGAAAAGGAAGAGACCAACGAGCCCCUUGAUCUUGUGCGCCUCUGCAUUGAUGAAAUUGUCAUUGUCAAAUUACGUGGCGACCGCGAGUUGAAAGGAAGGCUACACGCUUACGAUUCGCAUUGCAAUCUCGUACUGGGCGAUGUGGAGGAGACAAUUUUCGUAGCCGACGAGGAAGAGGAGGACCUGGAGCCCCGCGUCCGGACGGUCAAGAAGCAGAGCGAGAUGCUCUUUGUGCGAGGUGAUUCGGUAGUGCUUAUUGCACCGGCCGAGGGAGCUUCACAGUGA